CAGGCGGGCGUCGAGGUGAAGCGGCGCGAGGGCAUCCGCGACGCGUUCCUCGAGGAGCAGACGGAGAAGAUGGGUCCGCUGCUGCAGGCGCAGGCCAGCCGCCUGGAGGUGCAGAAGGAACUCUCGAAGGCCAGGGCGCAGAUGGGCGACUACCGCUCGUCCGCCAAGGACAAGGGCAAGAAGCUGCUCCUGAACAUGGCCGACACCAACGACAAGAACCUGCUGGAGAACUUCUUCGGAGAGUGGGCGAAGUUCGUCCGGCAGGAGAAGCUCGAGGCGGAGAUCGUGAAGGCCGAGGGCUACGAGGAGAAGCUCGCAGAGGCCAAGCAGAAGAUCAUGGACUUCAGGAGCAAGCAUCUGGCGAACGCCAGGUCGGCCAUGCAGAAGAACUUCCAGGACGCCCAGCUCGGGUCGGUCGCGACCGUCUUCGAGGCCUUCAAGGCGAACCUAGAGGAGAGCAAGCGCCGCCAUGCGGAGGGCGAGUCCCUCAAGGAGCACGAGGAGCGCCUCAAGGCCUACAACGCGCAGGCGCGGGCGAACGCCCAGAAGGCCAUGGCGAACAUGAACGCGGGCAACGACGCCUUCCUCGUGGAGAUGGUCUACAACUUGUGGGUCGAGGCGCUGGUGGAGUAUAAGAAGGACAAGGAGGCCAUCGACAAGCAGCGGGCUCUGGAGAAGCAGAUGGCAGAGAUGAUGAAGAGGCAGAAUCAGGGCGCCAUGGACAUGAUGAAAAAGAUGGGCGCAGCGUCUGAGACGGGGCUGCUCGCUGGAGUCAUCAAGGACCUCCCCACUCGGGUGGAAGGAGGUCGUCGACGACACCAAGCAGGAGAACGAGGUCCAGGAGGACAGCUGAAGAUGAAGUCCAGCCAGCUGGCCAGCAUGGCCCAGAAGAGCAAGGCGAACGCAAACAGCUCCUCGGCGCGGAUGUCGGAGCUGCAGGACAUGCAGGUCCUCAUGUUCUGCUUCUGCUUCUGGAAGCGCGAGAUCCAGGUGCAGAGGGUGAAGUCGUACGGCCGCAACAGGAACCAGAAGCGGGAGAAGGAGCUGUUGGGCGUCAAGUCUUUGUUCAAGGACUUCGCCAGCAAGCUGGACAAGACGCUCGAUCAGGACACCGUCACCCCCCGCCUGCAGGACAAGAGCGCCGCGAGGCCCAAGCGCGAGUCGCCGCCGCAGCCGCGCAGCCCGCAGCCGCCCUGAGCCGGCCUCGCCGCCCACCCUCCUCUUUCUCCUCCUCCUCCUCCUCCUCCUCCUCCU